AAGACGUUGUCCUCCUCGUCCUCCUCAUCAGUCGCUCUUGCCUUCUCUCUCUGCACCUGACCAGCACGCCAUCACCCGUCCUCCACUCAGAAUGUCUUUGCCCAACCUAGAGAACGCCUCCACCCUGGAGAACGCCAUGCAGCUCAUGAUCCAGACCUUCCACAAGUACUCUGGGAACGAGGGGGACAAAUACACGCUGAGCAGGGCCGAGCUCAAAGAGAUGCUUACCGCAGAGCUCGGCAACUACCUGGGGAAUGCCCAGGAUAAGGAGGCUGUGGAUAAGGUAAUGGGAGACCUGGAUUCCAACAACGACGGGGAGGUAGACUUCACAGAGUUCAUCAUACUGGUCGGAGCUCUCACUGUGGCCUGCAACGACUUCUUCCUGGAGUUCAACGACAAGCCAGAGAAGAAGAAGUGAACACGCCCUCUGCUUCGAGGACGUCCACUCUUGCAAACCCCACCACACCGCUCCAGGGAGGAAACAAGUUCAGACAGGAGAGAAGGACCGAUCACGUCAUGGACUUCACAUUCACACACUCACCUAAUAGUCACUUGAGCAGUAAAUGUUGGGUGUUUGUGUAUUUGUCUGCAAUGUCCAAUCAAUCUAGCUGUGUUUAUUGCAAUGUGAAAAUCUGGAGAGUUUAAAGUCAGUUUCAACACCUAUCAUUGUUGAAUAUGUGAAUGUAUCUCUCUAUCUUUUUUUUUUUCUCUUUUCAUGUAUUUUGUAACAAGCAAAGGAGUUUCUCCCUGGAAAGAAUAAAUGUGACCUUUACUCAAACAA